UCCCUCCCUCUCCCAGGAUGGGAGGGGGGGAGGAGCCGCUGCCUUGGCAGCAGCCGGGACGCGGAGAGUCUCUCGCUUCAGCUUGGCUUGGAGGGUGGCGCCGCCAUGCUGGGGGCCGAGAUCCCCUUCCCCCGCCCCAGGAGAGAAGCGUGGCCAGAGCUUGGGGAGGACCCUUCGCCGCCGGGGACCGGGCUGGAAGCCUCGGCUGGGCAGGGGAUUGCUGCCACCACCACUUCUUCCUCCUCCUCCUCGAUGGGGCCGCGCUGGGAGGAGGAGAGGCGGGGGGCGGCCCCCUUGGACAGAGACCCCCCGCGCGGGGAGGAGGCGGCCGGGGGCGAGGAGGAGCCGCUCCUCAGGGGCAUUUUCCAGAUCGGGAAGAGGAGCUGCGACGUGGUGCUCAGCGCCAGGCAGCUCCGGUGGAGCCCCAUCCAGCCCGAGAGUCGUGGGGGUGAUUUCAAUAUGAACUUACCAUAUAAAGAGGAGCUUGUUGAAAUGAAAGAUAUAUUUUCUGUAAAAUUGAAACGUCGUCGUUUUGUAGGACAGAAGAAAGGUGGUGUAUUGUUAGGUAUCACAGUUUUUGUAUGCCUGAAAAAAGAAAAUAAACUAAAGGAUUCUGCCAUCAAUUUUAAUAAUUUAAGUGAAGACCACUGCCAUUCCUGGUUUAGCUGUUUGAAGGAAAUUUUGAACGGCUUUCCAAAUAGGCCAAAGUCCCUAAAAGUAUUUGUUAACCCAAACAGUCACAAAAGAGAAGCUACUCAUGUUUAUUAUGAACAAGUUGCACCUCUCUUUAAGCUUGCUGACAUCAAAACUGACGUCACAGUAACUGAAUAUGAAGGACAUGCUCUCUCAUUGCUUAAGGAAUGUGAACUCCACACAUUUGAUGGGGUGGUUUGUAUUGGUGGCGAUGGGUCCACCAGUGAGAUAGCUCAUGGUCUACUACUUAGAGCUCAGAUGGAUGCUGGAAGAGAUACAGAUUACAUUCUUUCACCUGUCAGAGCACCACUUCCUCUUGGCAUUAUACCAGCAGGUUCCACUAAUAUUUUGGCUCAUACUCUUCAUGGAAUCAACCAUGCAGUAACUGCAACAUUGCACAUUAUAAUGGGACAUAUACAGCCAGUGGACAUCUGCACUUUCAGUAGUCCAAGCAAGCUUCUUCGUUUUGGAUUCUCGGCUAUGUUUGGUUUUGGUGCAAGAACUCUGGCUUUGGCAGAAAAUCAUCGCUGGAUGCCCUCCAACCAGCGGAGAGAUUUUGCUGUAAUUAAAACACUGGCAAGUCUAAAGCCAGAGGAAUGUGAGUUAUCAUUUCUACCUCUGAAAAAUUCACUGCAGGGCUCCCAGGAGUAUGUUACAAAGAAGAAAGAGAGACUUAAAAAAUCUGACAGCAAGGUUCAGUGGCACACGAUUCAAGGUCACUUCCUGAAUGUGAGCAUUAUGGCAAUCCCCUGUCUAUGUUCAAUGGCACCAAGAGGCUUGGCACCUAAUACCAGGUUGAAUAAUGGUAGCAUGGCUCUUAUUGUUGUACGAAACACUUCUCGGUCAGAGUUUAUAAAACAUCUGAAAAGAUACGCCAGUGUUAAAAAUCAGUUUAAUUUUCCCUUUGUUGAGACCUAUGCAGUUCAGGAAGUAAAAGUCCAGCCAAGAACUAAAAUUGGGCAUGACACAGAAGAAAAUGUGUAUUUGCAUGCUAUUUCUGCAGAAAGGAAUUAUCCUUGGAAUAUAGAUGGAGAUUUAAUGGAAGGAGCAUCAGAGGUUCACGUUCGGGUGCACCCACAACUUAUUAAUCUUUAUGGAGUGAGUAUUGAUGAACUGGAUGAUUCCAAAGCAAUGUGCAGUUGUCUGUAGAAGAAAUUUAUGAAGAAAUGUGUUUCAUGGUGCAGGCUCUGCAUAAAAGAUUCAUAUUUUCAUCUUUAAACAGCUAUUUAAGGCCCAUUUCUUCAUCCACCGAAGUCAAUGGAUGAAGGAUCAAGACUGAAAUUAGGAUGUUUAUAUAAAACUAACAAAAAAAAUUAUCAAGUAAAAUAAUUGUAAUUAUUGAACAAAAUGUUUAUAGUUUUUAACCUUAAAAAGCCUGAAAAUAAAUAUAUUGACAAAUAUA